AUGCCGCUGCCGGCUCAUCUGCUGCUGGGUAGCGACGACGAGUUCACAUGCAUGCAUGCACACUCUCCUGCUGCUGCUGCUGCUGCUGCUGCUGCUGCUGCUGCUGAGGAAGAAGAGGAGAUGCUGUGGUGGGAGAACAGCAACCCCUACUUUGCUGCGCUGCUGAGCUUCUUGAUGGAGCCGCUGCCUCACUCUUCUCUUCUUUUUUGCUGCUACGAAGACACCCCGGAAAAUAAUAAUUUAUAUAACAAAGACAAAGACAAAGAAGCGGCAGCCGCAAGCAGCAGCAGCAGCAGCUGCUGCAGCAGCAGCAGCAGCAGCAGCAGUGAUGCACAAGAACUAGCUGAUACAAGGGCCUCGUCAGCACCAGACAGUGUGCUGCUGCCGCUUCAGGCAGAGCCAACAUACGAAGAGAUGCAGCAGCAGCAGCAGCUGCUGCUGCUGCAACAGCAACUGCAGCAGCAGCAAGAGCAGCAGCCGCAGCAGCUGCAGCUGCUGCAGAAGCAGCUGGAGAAGCAGCAGCAAAAGCAGCAGAAACAACUCCUAAAGCAGCAGCAACUGCAAAUGCAGCAGCAACUGCAAAAGCAGCAGCGGCUGCAGAGGCAGCAGCUACUGCAGCAGCAACGGCAGCUGCAGCAGCAGCAGCAGCUAUUGCAGCAGCAGCUAUUGCAGCAACAGCUUUUGCAGCAGCAGCAGCAGCAGGAGCAGCAGCACCAGCAAAGGGCGCAGCAGGAGCACCUGCAGCAGGAGCAGCAGCAGCAGCAGCUGCAGGAGCAGCAGCAGCAAGAGCAGCAGCAGGAGGAGGAGCAGCAGAAGCAGCAGGUGCUGCAGCAACAGCCGCAGCAGCAACAGCAGCAGCAGCUAUUUCAGCAACAGCAGCAGCAGCUAUUGCGGCAACAGCAGCAGCAGCUAUUGCACCAACAGCAGCAACAGCAGCAGCGACAGCAGCAGCAACAACAACAGGAGCAGCAGCAGCAGCAGCAGCAGCAGCAGCAGGAUGAAGAUGAAGAGGAGCAGCAAGAAAGCAGAGCAGAGGAUUCAACGCGAGCCUCACCGAGAGACUCAGCAAACGCAGCAGCAGCUGCAGCUGCUAUCGCUGCAUAUCCGGACGUAACAUCCCCUGCAGCAGAGACGAAGACAGAGGGGGCCUCCCCACGAAAGCGCAGCAAAAUGGAAAGCGCAGCAGCAGAGCAGCAGAGACGAAGACAGAGGGGGCCUCCCCACGAAAGCGCAGCAAAAUGGAAAGCGCAGCAGCAGAGGCCGAGCGGUCCCCAGGCAGCAAACGCAUGCGGGGGCCCGCCAGCUAGCUGUGCUGAGCUAGCCAAGCUCAAUAGCUAG